AUGGCGGCUUUCCGUGAUAUGGAGGAGUUAUGCCAGGGGCUGCUAAGCCUCCUGAGCGCCAACCACGCUGCGGCGCAGCAGCGGCGGCUUUUGGGGCGCUACGGACAGAUGAUGGAACGGCUGCUGGAGGCGCAAGACGGCGCCGAGCAGCAGCUGCGAGAGAUCCUCAAUACAGAGAAGGAUGUGGCCCAGAGCCUUCUUGAUGCGAAGGAGCAAGCAUGCCAGGGGGUUGCUGAAUUGCAGCAGAUUGAAGCCAAGCUCCAGAAGGCCAGCGAGGAGGACACUCACCUGAAGGCCAACCUCAUUCAGCUCACCAGGGAGCUAGAAGACCUCAAGGAGAUUGAGGCUGACCUUGAAAAACGGGAGAAGGAAGUUGACGAAGAUACAACGGUCACUAUCCCUGCAGCCAUGUAUGUGGCUCAACUUUAUCACCGAAUUAGUAAAAUUGAGUGGGAUUAUGAGUGUGAACCGGGGAUGAUCAAAGGCAGUAUCCUUUGUGGAGAAAAGGAACCCUGUGUUCUGGUGGUGGGGAUGUAAAAUGCUGCAGCUGGU